CUCGCGAGAGCGAAUGUAGUAUAGCAAGUUAUCUAAAGAUAGAAAAACUAAAAAGCUUUAAUAUAAUAUAAUAAAUUUUACCAACCUAGGUGGUUGAUGCAACAUAAAAAAGUUUUCUCUUCUUUUUUAUUUGACUGACAGUAAUGACAGCGAAGAGAAGUAAGGUUAUAAUCUAAAUUUGUUUAUUUUAUGAUUAUUGAUAAACUUUAAAACAAUUUAAAAUAAAAGUCUGAAUAAAAAUACGUUAAACGUUAGUUGUAAGUUCUCAUUAAAAUGGCAGACAGACUUACGCAGCUUCAAGACUGCAUCAACAAACAAGCUGAACAUUUCUGUAACAGUAUUGGAAUAUUGCAACAGUUUGCUUCGCCUAGUAAAUUUCCCAAUUUUGAUAGAAGUGGAUCCCAGACUCCUCAACAGCAACAGAAUCAAGAGGAUUAUGUACAAUUAUUUACUACUUUAAUUGCCCGAUGUGCAAAAGACAUUGAUACACUAAUAGAAUCUUUACCUAGUGAAGAAAGUUCCACAGAAUUACAGUUACAAAGUUUGAGGAUUUUAGAACAGGAAAACCAAGAGGCUGCUGAAAGAUUAGAAGCAGUUGUUAGAAAUGGUCAGGAAUUACUAGAAAAAAUUCAAGCUGCUCUUAGUGAUAUAGCCCAAGCCCAACUUGACAUGCAACAUUUGACGAAAACAAUAGCACAAAUUGAGAAUAAGGAAUUAUAGUGAGAUAAGAUUUUUUACUUAAGCUAUGCAUAUUUUAUAUUAUUGUAAUGUAAGUUUUAAUACAUUUUUUCACCAUG